GAACCUUUCCACGCUGCACGAAACUGGUUCUUUUGAUGAUCACUUUGCCAUUCCACUGUCACCUCCCCAUUACCAAGCCGUAAAUCCGUUUAUAAAAAGAAAAGAAUUUUCGGGAAUUCUAGUGGACCUCAGUCAACCUGAUCUUAGUGAAGCUGCAAUAUUCGCUCAAGCAGAUAACAGUUUCUUGUGUGCAGAUGAAGCAGAAGAGGACACUACUUGCAAGAUUGAAACUCACAAUGGAAAUCCCUACACCGACAUGAGUGAAACCAUGAGUUUAAUAACUAACGAAAAUGGAUUGAAAUUAUCGGACAAUGACGAUCCUUCUGAGUGUCUGAUUCCCAAAAACUCUUCCACAGACAGCGAGCUAGGUUUGGAACGUCAGUUGUGCCCUUACAUGCUACGAUCUGGGUACCACGAACCUUACACAAUUCGUCCAUCUCAUCGGACACAUAGAUCAAACCAAAAUUAUUCUUCAAGAGUUGGACUACUAAACAUAGCCAAAUGUAAGACCACGUUCUUCCUUCAUUGGAACUGGGCUACUGUCCGCCUUGGAUGUUUCGUAAUACUUGCGUUCGUCAUUAUCAGCAUGUUUUGCAUGGUGAUUAGAUUAGUGGCGUCAGGCAGCAAGGAGGCCUAUGGCUUACGGAGAGACUGGUGGCAGGGGAUGGUGUCGUAUGAAAUUUUUCCUGCUUCUUUUCAAGAUUCGGACAAUGACGGCUAUGGGGAUUUGGUGGGUCUGAUUCAGAGAUUAAGUUACGUCCAAAGUCUCAACGUUAAAUCUAUCAGGCUGAAUUCCAUUUUCAGUGCGUUAGACUACCCUCUAGAGUUUAGUCAUAUCAUCGACUUCCUCAGUGUAGAUCCACAUCUGGGCAGAAUGGAGGACUUCCAGAACCUGGUAGAUGAGCUGCACACACGAGGCAUGCGUCUUAUAUUGGAUAUCAAUCCUUCGUUGACCAGUGACCAGCAUACUUGGGCUGCCCACUGGCUACAAAACAGUACUGGAAAAUACAAGUAUUACUAUGUUAACAACGAGACAUUAGAUAACCUUUCCGAAUUCGAUGAUGAAGAUAAAGAAAAUCCCAGUCGUCCGUUUGGCAGCCAAUUCUUUCUCAACUGGUCUCAUCCUGCGGUCCAAAACGAAAUGGAUCGAGUUCUGAAUUUUUGGCUUCAGAAAGGAGUAGAUGGAUUUUACAUGAAGGGGUUGAGGGUAAUGAAUUCUAACAAUAUUUAUUUGGUGAUGAAAAGGUGGCGCCACUUACUAGACACUUAUAGUGUUGACACCGAUAAAAAGAUCAUGAUGGUGUCAGAAAAGUUUCUGAAGAAACUAAAAGAUGAGGAGAGUAUUAACCUACGUUUGAUUCUAGAUACGUGUGACCUCAUAGAUGUCCAGUUACAUCUCUCUUUGGACCGAACUUCGUCUAUUGAGACGCAAGUUCUUCAGGUAGCUGAGUGGAGCAGCAUGUCGGCUUCACCGUGGACACACUGGCAUCUUGGUAAUGCAGAAACAUCGAGGUUAGCAACAAGGGUAGAUACAAGCUACACAUUCAGUGCCAUGAUUUUUCUACUUAUGUUGCCUGGGUCAAUCUCACUGUUUUAUGGGGACGAGAUUAAUCUCCAGGACUCGAUAGACAUCAUCACUGGGAAGACUUUCAGUGUGGGGCAACUUUGUCCAAUGCAAUGGGAAUCAACGUUCGAAGCCAACUUUACUCAUAACAAGUCGUUGCCAUGGCUACCCAUCCGUCCUGAUUUUAUGGUAAAUAACGUAGCGCAACAAUCCAUGAACAUUGCUUUGUUACGUCAAGUUAUCUCAGUCAAACAAAGUUCGCCCUCUUUGUGGAUGAAAGCGUUUUAUGACAACGGUGGUGUCACCAGUGGAAAGAAAAUGUCAACGUUUAUAUUUCAUUAUAUCGACGAAAACGUCGUUGUUUUGGAAAGGCAUCUCCAAGAUAACAAGAAAUAUGUUUUAUUUGCUGAAUUUGGCGAAAUCCGACGGACAUUAAAUUUCUUAAGGUACUUUUCUAAUGUUAAAGUUUUGUUUUCAACCUCCAAUAAUUCAAAUAUUUCUAACUUAAGCCAAUUUUCUAUGAUCCCAGGAACGGCUCUAAUAGCAGAAGUAGGGAAAUAAAAAAAGAAACCUAUGAUGGGAUUAUAAGCGUAAUUUUGAGAAUUUUUAACAUCUUUUAAUUGUUACAGUUAUGUAACUGCUAUUUUCAUAUAAAUAUGAAACACCUAUAAGCAUGUUAAUUAUUGGUAUUCAACUUUACCAUAUUACAUUUAAUGUACUAAAAUGAGUUAUUCAGUAGCCUGUAGCUUCCAAUCACAUUUUGUUUUUCCUUCGCAGACAUAUCUGAAAAUCAAUUACAGAGAAAGAAAAACAAGCUUGGAUACCAAAGACUAAUAACUUUGACAAUUCGAGUUUUUGGUUCGUAACAGAUAUAAUCUUCUAUUUCAUGUUUCAGCAGUUUACAACAAACAAGCGAUGUUCACAUUUUCUAAUUUACCUCUGUUUGAAAGUUAUCGUGACGAGUUUUCAAAUCUCCCUCAGAAAUCAAACACACAGCAGUUUGACAUAUAAUAUGGGAUUUUGAUAAGCUUCAGUGAGGAACAAAUUUCUUUCCGGGUUUUUUGUUUUACAGUAAUAACGUUUCUUCCUUUGUGACAGAAAAUAAGGAGAAAUUGCUAUCUCUCAAAGCUCUUAAAUUAAAACAUCUUACUUUACAGAUUUAUUUAGAAAAUAUUAGAUGUUAAGUGUAUAUUCGGUCCAUGUCUUAAGAUUUAAAAUGUAUCAAUAAAGUUGAUUUUUUUCAUGUUUAUUUUGUAACAGUUUGUUUACACGUCGUUACUGGGUUCUAUUAUCGCUUUAGUAACAUGUAUUUUCUAGAUUGUGCAGUUCCAGAACGGACAUAAACAAGUAACAGUAAAUUUACAGAGUGAGUAAUUAACACUCUAGUUGCCCGGCAUGGCCAGGUGGUUAGUGCGCUCGACUCCCAAUCUGACGGUUGCGGGUUCGAAUCCCC